AUGUCAUGUUGCACGUCGCAUACUGUCAAUGUCAAACGUGCAAAACGAAACAAAGAGCGUAAAUGCGAAAUAAAUUUCCAUGAAGUUUCCUCAUGUAAAAUGUCGUGGUAUCAAAAUAUCCUGCCGGAAGGUAUAAAGAAAAAUGUUUGUGCUUAUUUAUUGCAACGGUACCUCGGUCGGUUCUUUGAAGAAAAGCUGACCAGGGAUCAACUAAACAUUGACUUGUAUAAUGGCACUGGUACCUUGGAAAAUAUCAGCCUUGAUGUUGAGGCUUUAAACGAACUAGGAGAGAAACAAAACUGGCCCUUAGAAUUCGUCGAUGGAUACAUCGACAAGCUUUUCGUCACCGUUCCCUUUAUGUCCAUACUAAAAGACUCCAGCUAUGUGGAAGUCAGAGGUCUUAAAAUCACCGUGCAGCCCAAGCAAAGACACGAAUCAGCCACAUCGAUGUUCGAGUCCAUGUGGAAUUCCAUGACGAGCUCCAUGCAGCUAGCAGAAGAAUGUGCCAAACAAGACGGCGUCAAUGCAUCGAAUUCCUCCGAUCCGUACGAGGGAAUAAAAAUUUUCGCGCAAACGAUCGACUCAAUACUGAGCAGAGUGAAGGUGAAAUUCGUCGAUACGGUUUUUCAAGUGGAACACGUACCGAAGCUCAGUUGUACCGGCGUAGGAAUCGUCAUAAACAUCGAUUUGAUCGAUUACUCGGACGAAGCCGGUAACGAUCCCAGCUCGGACGAAACCGAUCCGGAAUCGAAGAAGGCCUUCGUAGUGCAUUCUUUCACCACCAGGAAUUUAACCGUCACCGGCGUGACGUUGUCUACGGUGGAGUUCUCCAGUAAAGCCCGCACCUUUUCGAGAUCCGUGUUGGUUCAUUCGCAACAGGAAACCGAGCACGAUUCCCUCGUUACGGUUAUAGAAAAUUCCCCGAUCGCGGACGAUUCGAGGAAAUCCACGCCGGAGGAACCCGAGUCUUUAGACGAUUUAAACGGCCAUAGAUACGUUAUUAAGUUCGGACAGAUUUCCGGCACGCAAGAGAUUAGAGUUAAACUCAAGCAAUCGGAGAACGUCGUCGGGCCCAAAGUAUCGAUAGACGUUACAUUAGGAUCUUUUAUAAUAUUCUUAUCGCCCAGGCAAUUCCAUUUGUUGCUCCAACUAGCCGAUGGGUUAUCUAAACCUGAUACCGUUGACAACAGUAACGUUGCUCCGAGGACGCAUUGCGCCAACAAACCGAUGACCGUUUUGGACUAUCAAAGAGUCGAGCAGGAAUUACAGAAUCAAAUACAAUCGCUGUCGAAUUUCCAGAUAGCUGGUUUGCAGGCCGCCCAAGGAUGGUCCUCGCCCAAUCUAGAUGAUAGCGGCGCAGAAGAGACUUUUCUACCGUUAAAAAACGCCGUUAGUGGUUUAUACGACAGCAGUUUAUCGGGAAUUUCGAGUAGUUUGGAGUCGAGCGUUACUUCCAGUAUGGUCAGUUCGAUGACCGAUCAUAGUCAAAAAUCCAGGAGAAAAAUAAGCUCCGUGGACGCGGACCCAUCGGCAGAAAUAUCCCACUUCCAGAUCCGCGUAGCCUCGCUAGCCGCCGUUCUAUUGCUCGAAGACGUCCUGUUCCAACCCGUCGAUAAAACUCGCAUACUAGCGACGUCGGGCGUCCAAAAAAUGCAACAAAUCGUCGGCGAUUUCUUCGGCAAACUCGGCCAUUUCGCGCACGGCUGCAGAGAUUUCCGCGAUACCAGAGAAACGUUCGACGAGGCUUGUUCCCGCAAUCACUUGAAGUUGCUGGCGGCUCCUAUACAAAUCGAAGGCGACGAGAAGACCACCUGUUCGGCCUUUUCGGUGACCAGCCAGCUAUCGGCGGCUAAAAUGGAGGUGUACGAGUGCUGGUACAAUUCGACCGAUAACGUAACCGAAUCGGUACCAUUACUCGCGUUCGCCGAGAAUCCCAGCGCGCAAAACAUGAUGGGAGCCAAACCGAGCCUUAAGGUCACCUUUAAGCACGUAGAAAGAACUAAGAACUCUAAUAGAAGAAACAGCGGAGUCAAAUCCGAAGUUACGUUGUUUUUGAACAAACUCGACGUCGAAUUGGACAUAACUAUAAUAGACAGAAUAAACGCUCUGUUAGAAUCCCCGGCGAUUUGCGUACCGGAAUCGACUCCAUACAAUCCCUGGGGAACGGAUAAUCUAUCAAACAACGUCUCCCCGAUGGGCCCGAUCGAAUCGAAAAUGGAUUUGAAAGUGAUAUGUCCUCUCGUUAACGUUAAACUCCGAUUUCCCGUGCCCGAUUUUCGUCCCGCGCAUGACAUGAACAGGACGCCCUGGUGGAAACGGCACGUCAGAAGCGAUUACCUGUCGCUUCUAUUCGCCGACUUCCUGCUACAGUACGCAUUUCACACGCACCAGAGUUCGCAGGAGUACUCGAUACAGUCCAGGGCUUUGGAAGUGUUUUACCACGAGAACGAAACCGGCCCAGCUCUUCCUAUAGCCAAAACCGAGGUAGAUGAUGGGGAACCCACGUCUAUGCAAGACGUUAUGUCGCAAAUAAGGUUAAACAUAAAAUUGUACCCGAAACAAAUCAACGAAUUGGAGAAAAUGGAAACGGAGGCUAAUGUAAUGACUACAUCUUUCUACGGUGCUUUCGAGAAUCAAAAUAAGGACGAACUGGGACCGUUUAGUGCUAAAAGGGUCGUUCACGAAAGCGAUACGCCGCAUUCCAAACCGCAAAAUGACGACACAGCAGAGCUGAUAAUACCGGGUGAUAAAUACGAAAUAGAGGAUUUCAUCAGGUCGACUACGGAAUUCGUAAAAAUCCACGUACAAGUGUUCCUGCCCACUUUAUCGGUCCAAUUAAAAUCGAAGCACAUUUACGAACUGAUAUACAACAGAAUAAACAACGACUUGCUCUUGUGGUCUCCCAGCGCUCCGAAAUUAAAUUCCACCGUUAACGCAGCGAAUUAUUCCACCUACGGCGGUAAAAAUCUGUUCGUCGAUGGACCGGACACGUUCACCAUGUGCAAAAGCGGCAUUCAAUACGCAUCCGAUAGCGACAGCGACGAAUCCGAAGCCAGCACCAGCAACGUGUUCUUCUCCACGUACGAUCACAAGACGAAAUUGAACCAAAAAUCCCAGGCGAAAGUCCAAGAGACGGUCAAACUCGAACAGAGCGAAUUCGUGCUGUCGAUACAAAUAUCCCGAGGCGUCCUCUGCAUGAACCCGCCCGUCCGGGACUCCGGCAACAACGUCAUACCGGGCCAACAGGGCGAAUUCGCCUUGAAUCUAAACGACGCCAACGUAUUCAUCGUCAGCGGUUAUAAGGGAGACACCAAUUUGGGAUUCGUUUGCGUUCAAUUGCACAACGCUCAGCUUUACCAUUGCGAUAUGAUGUCGAUACCGACGCAAGACGCGCCCCUGAGGCAAAUCGGCAGGCACAUGCCGCCCCAUUUGAGUCCUACCAUCUACAAAUCGGAGCCCGGUAUGUUGGUGACGUCGAAGAAUCGCGGGGGCAACAGGGAAAUGUUGACGGUUGCCGUGAGAAUUCAAGCCAGCCACGAAACCCAUCACGUUAAGACUGUUCGAGUGGCGUUAGGUUUGAACAGGAGCACUUUGAAGCACCGCAUGUGCACCGAACCGAACAGCUGGAUAUCCCAUCUACUCGAUUUCUUUAACGUUCAGGAUUACCCGAUAACGAAUUACCACGCCAAAGACGUGUUGACCGAAUUACACCUGCACGUGUGGGACUGCGCCGUAGAUUAUAGGCCGUUGAAUUUGCCGAUUAGAUCGGCGAUAACCAUAGGCAACUUCAGCAUGUCCUCGCAUCUGUCCGCCCAAUCCAACACGUCGACGUUGAGGUUCAUCUUCGAGGAAUGCGCCAUGUUUUUGAGCGAAAAGGCUCCGCCCAAAAACGGCAAAGCCUCUCUGGCGCCCGUCGAUUUGGUCAAAGACUACGUAAACGUUUUGGAAUUGGGUCUAUUCGAGUUGAGUUUACGUACCACCGAUAAAAGGAGCGGUAGGAAUCCCCACAUCGAUCUUCGCGCGUCGAACAACAUGCUGAACAUCCACACGUGCGCCGACAGCGGCAGGAUGUUGAUGCAAUUGCUCGUUUACUUCGCCAACGACGGCGAUUUGUCGCCACCCCCGUCAUCGGAUAAAACCAGCCGUUACUCGAGCCCGAGACACCAAGUCGAACAGGAGCUCGUCCACGUCGAACCGCAAAUCAGCAAUCUAUCGAAGAGCCAACACGAGCACGUCAACACGUUGAUAGGCGAAGCCAUGAAAGAGAACGAAGUCGCCGAACACGAUACGUUGGUGGCAUCGAAUCCGGGCGCUAAGCUGUUCUACUUCCCGGACGAGAAGCAGCUGCAGCGCGACGAGUUCCGACCGCCGCUCCAAGUGACGUACGAGCUGGGCGACGUCGCGGCGCACCGUUCGAGCCGCGGCAGCGACACCGACGACGAGUUUUGCAUCGUCGCCGACGAGCCGGGGCUCGGGCUGUACCCGGCCGACGGCGUGCCGGAGAUCCGGUGGUUGUCGAGCGAUCCGGUGCGCAUCGUCGACAAUCACUUCGGCCUGCCGGCGGGCAAGGCGGACGCGCUGAAGGCGCCCAAGUCGUUUCCGACGCCCGUCGCGCGGUACACGCUCUGCGACAUGACGGUGGCGUGGCACAUGUACGGCGGUAACGAUUUCAAAUUGGUAGAUGGCGAGAGCGGCAAGAAGAACGUGCAGUUCUCCGAGACGCAGUUGAACACUACCGUGACGUUUUCGAAAGGGAAUAAUAACAGAAACGAGGUGAACAUCACCACUAAUUUGGACAAGAAGAAGGCUAAUAUGAAUUGGAUAUUGAAAGGUGGCGUUAAUAGGGAUCACGAUGUUCAUAUGGAAUUGCAUUUGAAUAAAGUGCGUUUCCAACACGAAGUUUAUCCCGAAACAACCAAGCAAGCUUCUAGGCAAGUUCUAAUAAUAUCAGACGUAGAAAUUGUAGAUAGAUUAGAGUCUAGUCAAUUUAAUAAGUUUCUUUAUCAGUAUACCAGUCAAACUAGACCUAAACAGUCCCACGCUCACAUGAUUGUAAUAAAAGCGUUGCAUAUUAGACCGGACAUUAAGCUUCCGACGCAAGAAUGCUGCCUUAAAAUAUCCCUCUUACCGUUGAGACUGAACAUCGAUCAGGAUUCCCUGUUGUUCCUGAUCAGUUUCUUCACCGAAAUAGGCGGCGAUAAUACCGCUAAAAACGACGACAAAGGGAACGUUUCCAAGCACAACACGCCCACCCACCAGCCCCCCGUCAUGACGGUCAACGAGGAAAACGAGCAAGUCACUAAAAAACAAGCGCUGAAAGUCGUCGACGAGAAUUUAAUCAUGCUCAUGGAGGAGAGCAAAUGCCAAUUCGAAUCCGAUAACUCUUCGAGUAAUCCGACUAGCACCACGCACGACGAAUCCCCCGUUUUCUUCAAGAAUCUCAUCUUCGGCCCGGACGUGCUCAUACGCCUGGACUAUCACGGGAAGCGCGUCGACAUGACGCACGGCUCCUUGUCGGGGCUGCUGAUGGGCCUCGGCCAGUUGAAUUGCUCCGAGUUGCGCUUGAAGCGCGUCAGCUACCGGCACGGCCUGUUGGGCUUCGACAAGCUGAUCAAGUACUUGGUCGCCGAAUGGUUGAACGACAUAAAGAGGAACCAAUUGCCCAGUUUGCUGGGCGGCGUCGGGCCCAUGCACACCCUCGUACAACUCUUCCAAGGCGUACGCGACUUGUUUUGGUUGCCCAUCGAGCAGUACCAGAAAGACGGGCGGAUCGUUCGAGGGCUUCAACGAGGCGCUAACAGUUUCACUACUUCGACUGCGAUGGCCGCUUUGGAGUUGACGUCGCGCAUCAUCCAUUUGAUACAAAUUACAGCCGAGACUGCGUACGAUAUGCUGUCUCCAGGUCCGAGCGUGCGAAUGUUGGCGAGAGCUAAAGGUAAACGGAAGAGGUACCAUCAACCGCAAGAUAUUAGGGAAGGAAUGACCAAUGCCAUUUUGCUGGUCAAAGAGGGUAUCGGUGAAACUGCGGACACCAUCGUGCAAGUGGCGACGUUGGAGAAGGAGCAAAAGGGGUACAGCGGCGCCGUGGGCGGAGUGCUAAGGCAGAUACCGCCGACUAUGCUUAAACCCAUAAUCAUAGCUUCGGAGGCUACCAGUAACGUGCUGGGCGGAAUGCGAAGCCAAUUGGUGCCCGAUGCGAGGAGAGAGGCCAAUCAGAAGUGGCGGAAGAACGACGACGUAAAUUGUGAUAAAAAUUAA